AUUCUUGUUUAGAUUUUUUUUUUUCCAUAUAUUGGGGGAGGAGAGCAUCACAUACAUAGAGGAGGCCAGAUCCUUCCUGCCAUAGUGAGUGGUGGAGAAAGAGAAUCACAACAACUCUCCUAAAGUGAGAGAAGGGUGUGCCGGAGGAGAUGACAAGCCCCAAAAGCAUCCUCCGGUCACCGUCACCGAGAGGUAGCUGCUGCGGUGGCGGCGGUUUAAAGAAGAAUUGCGAACAAGUGGCAGGUGCUGUGGGUUUGGUUAUCGUUGCUGCUAUGGAGAAGUCCGGCGCCGGCAGAGAUGGACAUGGUGAAAUUCUGGCUAAAUUCUUUGUGGGUAGCCUCAAUCUCAACCGUAAUCGCUCUGAUCCUAUUCCCAUCGUCGUCCGUGUUGGUGGUGGUGCUGGUGGUUCUUCAAAACCCACUACUACAUCCAGACCUCGACCACGAGCAGUAGCAGAAGACCCACUAAGACGUAAAAGUAGCGUCUUUUGCGAGUCGCCGCCUGCAUGUGGUGGUGGAGGAGGAGUCUCUGCCAACAUAGAGAUUCCGGCGUUUCCGACGACAGACUUCCUUAGUUCUUGCCACCUAUGCCGGAAAAAGCUUCAUGGCAGAGAUAUUUACAUGUACAGGGGAGAGAAGGCGUUCUGUAGCACAGAGUGCAGAUACCAACAGAUAGUAACGGAUGAGAGGAAGGAGAAAUGCAGAACUGAAGCUUCACGACCUGCAGAUCUCUCUGCUUCUCCCUAUACUAAUACUCAUCGCCAACUCUUCUCUCCUGGUAUCAUCGCCACCUAGCCCCUCCACUACUACUCCCUACUACUCUGCCGACUCCGACGGCACUUGGCAGCAGCAGCGAUCCUCAUUCCAACCGCAACGGCUCUGUUAAGGAGUUGGGUAGAACUAAUCCUUAAAAGCUAGCUCUUAAAAAGAGGACAAGGGGCAACUGCAAAGAUGAGAAGUAUAUAGUGGAUGCUUUACUCUUAUCAAUACAUACUAUUUUCACUCCAACAGUGGCUGCGGCUUAUACUUAAAUGUUAUUAUCCAUAUUUAUAUAUACUAGUUUUCCAAGAGAAUGGUCAAUUACCCAGGACAAAUUUUGUUUCUUUUUAAUUGUAAGUCUCUGUAACAUAAACAGUGGAUGGAUCAAAUGAAAAUUUUAACUUCACUUUA